AUGAAGUCUUUCACUACCAUCUCUUUCACCCUGCUGGCAGUCCCCCAGCUCACUGCUGCUGCACCAAUCGCCGACUCUACCGCGGCAACUUCAGUCUCGGUCUCCUACGAUCAGAAAUAUGAUGUCUCAGGCACCUCUCUCAGCACAGUUGCUUGCUCAGAUGGAUCCAAUGGACUUUUGACUGCAGGAUAUUCAACCUUUGGCUCCUUGCCAAAGUUCCCUCUGAUCGGUGGAGCCCCGACAAUUGCCGGUUGGAAUAGUGAGAACUGCGGAGCCUGCUAUGAGUUGGCGUACCAGACCGACAAAAUCGACAACACCAUUUACAUUCUCGCAAUUGAUUCAGCCUCGGCUGGGUUCAAUAUCGGUCUUGAAGCCUUGAAUAAAUUAACCAACAACCAGGCAGAGUAA